CCUAUGAAAAAUUAGAUUGAUGUCUAAGAUGUCUUUCUUGAUUGCAGCCAGAAGUGAACUUGAACCAAAGUAUAGAUUUGAGAGAUGCCAAGACGUGAAAGGAAUAUGUAAACCAUUUUGUGAUGAUACUGAGUAUGAUUACGGAUAUUGCAUUAAAUGGAGAAAUCAGUGCUGCAUAUAA